AUGGCGACGGCACAACCUGCACUCGAGCCAGCUGCAGGAUUCUCGCUCGAAUCGCGAGCAAAUCGCCCUGAUCGCGUGCCUCUCCAGAAAGGACAAUAUUCAAUUGCAUCGAGGGCCGUAGCGUUGUCAACAUAUUUUCUGUCCGGAGCUCUAGCCAUCAAUCUCUCACAAUUUCUGGGAGCUCCAUUGGCUCUGGUCAACGAAGACUGGUACAAUGCGUGGAUUGCUUUCACCAAGCAGUCCUUCGGGCUGCUGACCAUGACCUUGACUCAAACGUUUGCACCUACAAAAGUCAUCGUCUCUGGAGAUGCAUCUGUUCGGGGUCAACUGCUGAAAUCGGUAGAAGGCGAUCUCGUUCUUGACUUUCCAGAGCGUCUUGUCCUGAUUGCCAACCACCAAAUCUACACCGACUGGCUAUAUUUAUGGUGGAUAGCUUACUGCAAUGGCAUGCAUGGACGGCUAUACAUCAUUCUCAAAGAAUCCCUCAAAAAGAUACCCAUCCUGGGCUGGGGCAUGCAGUUCAACCAGUUCAUCUUCCUCAAACGCAACUGGGAACAAGAUCGACCGAACAUGGCCACCGCCCUACAAAAGCUCAACAAGCUCGCAGAUCCAAUGUGGCUUCUCCUCUUUCCUGAAGGCACGAAUCUAGCCCCGAGCACUCGAGCAAAGAGCGCUGCUUGGGCAAAGAAGAACAACAUUUCGGAUACCAGACAUGUCCUGUUACCACGCAGUACAGGUCUGCACUUCUGUCUCGAGCAGCUCAAAGAUUCUGUCGAUUAUGUCUACGAUUGUACGGUUGCUUAUGAGGGCGUUCCGAGAGGCCAAUACGCUCAAGAUAUAUUUACCCUCAAGUCAGGCUAUCUAGAAGGAAGACCACCGAAAUCCGUCAGCAUGCACUGGCGUCGCUUUUUGGUGAAAGACAUCCCACUCCAUAACGAGAAGGCCUUCGAACUUUGGCUUCUGGCUCGGUGGCGUGAAAAAGAUGUCCUCAUUGAGCAAUGGUACCAGACUGGCAGGUUCCCCGCGGACGUGGGCGUUACCAAGUACAAAUCAGGCAAGACUCUUCGUGGUUGUGGGCUUAUGGAAGUCCCCAUCAGAUCGAGUCACUGGUACGAAUUCCUGCAAAUCUUCGCACCAAUGGGUAUCCUCGCCAUGGUCUUGUACAUUUUCUACGGAGAUCUACCGCAACGAUUCUGGAGAAGUAUCAACAAACAAGCCUUGCAGGCUGGAACAGAAGACGUCAAGAAAGCCGGGGUACAAGCUGGAAAACAAGUGAAAUCCGCAUCUACGUCGCUCAGUGGUUUGACACUGGACUCCUUUUUCGACCCCGAGCAGCAAAAAGAGAGCUUCAAAGCUGGUGCCAUGGCUGUACAGAAGCUAAUCAAUUCGCCUUCCGCUCAGAUGCUGCUUAAUCGUGCCGACUUUAUUCAGCAAUUUCUAUCGGAUCCGCAGGGAAUGGUCACAGAGAGUAUCACGAACAAGCAGCAGAGUUUCAUGCAGCAACUGGCCGAAGAAGAGGCAAGAAGGCAGCGAGGGAGGAUCACCGAGGUGAAUAACAUCCCCAGCCUAGCUCCGAAUGGCGUCAAACGCAUCACAAACGGAGUAUCUGCUAAGAAUGGCACUGGCACUUUUUGGUCAAAACUCGACGCCGAGGAGAAGAGCCGGCAGGGAUCGGUGGUGUCGGGACCGAGAUCUACUGCCGGCAAGAAGCAGAAGGGGACAUUCUGGCACGACCUCGAGGCCGCCGAAAACAAAAGGACCGCUCCAAUCUCCAGAGGCAAAGGCAAAGGCAAUUUCUGGGAUGACUUGAAGACCGAGGAGAACAGUCGAUACGGCACGGUCGUCACUCUGUCCAGUGAUGCCUCGACAGCUGUUGCAUCCAUGGAUUCGACCUCGACGAAAGGUUCUGUGCCCAAACUUGGUCCGCGCAAAGCUCCAUCGGCCGCUGGACUGGGACAGGCACGACAGGGAACUAAGAUAUCGUCGGCUAGUCCUGUGCCUGUGCCCAAGACUGCUCCAACAAAGACACCGGCGGCAAAAGGUUCACGUAUGACUGGAGCUGCAACGACAGUGAAGAAGCCAAACGCAUCAAUGCCCACGCCCGCGCCCGCCACCAAGUCCGCUCCGAAGCCAGUGUCAACGCAGGCCAAAGCCACUAGCAACCAUCGAACCACACAGACACCUUCAAGACCGGCCCCUACAGGCGCAUCGAAGCCCACCGGUGCAUCGAAAUUGUCGACCAACAACCUCACGGCCACUCCAAAGCCUUCCAACACCAUUUCCACCACGUCGACAGCAAAGAAACCCCCUCAGAAGACCAGCACAAGCGCCGCCGCAACGAAAAUCCCUCCAGUCAAGAAAGUCCCGAACCAACCUUCCGCACGCUCAAAUGCUGCCGCCGUGCCCAAGAAGCCGAACUCGACGUCAACCGCUGUAUCGAAGCCACCGAACUUGUCCAACGCCAAUUCAAUUACACCGAAGAAGACAUCGACAGGGCGAGCAAAAUUGAAAAGCAAAACUUGACGACAAUGUACGAUAGACAGGCGAGCCUUGAUGUCCCAUCUCCUUUGCGUUUAAAGUUAAAUGUACAAUACUUAUACGAUAGCCUCGAUGAUGAAUGAAAAU